CACAUGCACAAAAAUCAUUUCCAUUAGAUUGAGUGCAACAUGAAGUACACAGCUUACUUUUCUGUUAUAGCAAUAUUAGUAUCAAUUUCUACUAGAGUGCAAGGACAAAGUGCUUGCAGUACAUGCAAUGAAGGUGAUGGUCAGUUCAAUGGCCUUUGUAAAUGUGAUGGCAAGUGCGAAUUGUUUGGAGAUUGUUGUGAAUCCACUCUAAAUACUAUUACGCCACCUGGAUUUGUAUGUCGUUCUAUAUAUCCUGACAACAGAAUCGAGCCACAAGUCAAUGAAUCGUUUUGGAUGGUCUCAAGUUGCCCCAGCAGUUGGUCCACUGAUGACGCCACCCAAGCAUUAGUGAGGGACAACUGUGUCUCUUUGAACAGCUCUCUCCCUCCAAUUACAGAUAUCAGUACUGGAAUGGUUUAUUCCAAUGACUUCUGUGCCAUUUGCAAUAGAGCUCGAGGAUUUGCAGUAUGGCAACCCGACCUUGCCUGUACCAGUUACGUGUAUGAGCAACUUGCUGCAGUAGGAAUCCAACAGUUGCUUGCAAUGGAUCCCACAAUUUUCCAAACACAAUGCCAAACCUGCUCAUACCAAGCACCCAGUCUCACCUCUAUUCCCAGACCAAGGUCCUGCUUUCCCUCGAUUUCAAGUUGCUUAGAUCUCUCUAGUUUGGAAGUUCUAACUAGACAAGAACUGAGUGAAGAAAUGUAUACUGCAAUGAUUAAGACAUGUGAAAAUGGACCAUAUGAUAUUGUGAUGACUAAAUCUGGAACUCUGUACAGAAACCAGAAUUGUGCAGUGUGUAAUGGUGAACAAAUUUAUCUAUGUCUUACCGACUCAUCAACAAGUCUUAGAACUGAAAUACCUCUGGAAUGUGCACCUGUGCACAGACCCCUUGAAGGGAUUGUGCCACCACUACCAACCCGUAAUGGUAUUCCCUUCACGAUAACGCUUAGUAACUUGGGAGGUGGACAGGUACAAGUGUCAGUAAUGACAGAGAUGGUGACAGUGACUGUAGAUUGCCCUGAUGGAGAAGCUGCUUUGGGGUUGGAGUGUAGACCUACCCUCUGUCCUGAAGGCUACAUUGAAAAUGGAGGUCGUUGUGCUUUUCUGAUUGGGAGCUCUGCUAACACUACAACACAGUGUUUGAGUGGCUUUGUGGCAUUAAACAUCUCGGAUUAUGUCUUCGUUGACAAUGACACUCUGCUGUACAAUGGUCAGGUGCUUAUGAUUGUUGAGUUUGACCUUAUUGGACAGCCAGUAGUUUGUUUAAACAACUCACUAUUUGGAGAAUUUUUUGACUGUCCCAGUGGUUUGGUUGCGCUCAACAAUUCAGAAUUUACGGAUUUGGGUAACAACACAAUUGUGUAUGAAGAAGAAUUGUUCAGUAUUGUUGAAUAUGAUGACUUUGGCAGACCAAUUAUUUGUCCUCCAAAUGGCACUACAAUUGUUAGAAGUGUGACUAUCUACUCCUAUCCUGAAGGUUACUUUAUUCUCACAUACAUUGGGUGUUCUUUGUCUGUUAUUGGUAGUGCAAUAGUUUUGCUGACAUAUGGAAUAUUCAAGAGCCUCCGAACAUUACCUAGUUUGAUCCUUAUGAACGUUUCUGCUGCUAUUCUAUUGAACAAUCUCUUCAUUAUCAUUGGUGGACCUGUUACUCAAGCAUUUCCCAACAUAGAACUCUGUAAGAGUGUUGCAAUUUGCCUUCAUUUUUUCUUCUUGUCACAGUUUUCAUGGAUGACUAUCAUGUCAUUUCAGAUGGCAAGGACGUUCUAUCAAGCGACUAAAAUGAAGUUGGACUCUAAAUACAAGCAAAAGGUAGUAUUUGGUGUGUAUUUUGUUGUUGGUUGGAGUUUACCAUUAGCUAUUACCGUCACAUCGAUUCUUGUUGACUUCACAACUGAAGAUCUUGUCUUGUAUGGUGUGUUGAAAGAUGGUCGGUUGGGAAGUUGUUGGAUCAAUCACCUCGAAUCAGCCAUUGUUGCAUUCAUUGUGCCUCUAGUGAUAUCUCUCGUUGUCAACAUGGUACUGUUUCUUGUAGUUACUACAUACCUCUGUCUUGCAGCUCGAUCAAGCUCAAAACUGGACAAAAAACAUAAUCUUCCUUUCUUCCGUGUGAACGCUGCUGUGUUUUCAGUAACUGGACUGACUUGGGUGUUCGGUUUUAUUGCAUUGCUUGCUGGCACUAACUGGGCUUGGUAUCCUUUUAUCAUCUUAAACAGUACUCAAGGUUUUGUAAUAUUUGUUGCCUUUCUGUUAACAAAACAUGUGUUUGCUCUUUACUGGAAUCUUCUAGUUUGCCGCACAACCCUUGAUACAACCAAGCCAAGCAAAUCAGGUGAGAAUACAUCUAGAAGUCAGCAAAAAACUCUUCAAUCGUCUACAACAGAGGCCACUCUCGAAAGAACACUAGAUCAUAUGUCUACAAAAAUCAGCCUCAAUGUUUAACAAUUCUCUUGAACAUUCACCCACUAAAUUUUCUUUACUUUUGCACUGCACAUAAUUAUUUUCUGGUGAUAGGAUAUGAAAUGGAAUUCAAA